UUAUGUGUGUAUUCUUUCAUUUCAGUAUGGUGGCGGAUACUUGCGGAGGAGGACAAGUACUUAGAAAUUCCUCCCAGUUCAUCGGUGGACGGCAGUAGCUACAACCCAGCUGACAUUUAUAUCGGCAAUGCAACAUAUGGCAUAAACGAAGAUUCCUCAGAAGAUAAUUGGACUGGUUGCUUGAGUGGAGCUGCAGCCAAAACUCUCCUCAGUUUUCCGUGUUUGGUCCGCGCUGACAGAGCCAGUUGAUUAGCUGCCUCUUUACUAACGUUAGCUGGUUGAUUAGCUAGCUAAAGAAGCUUGGUUAGCUAGAGCUAGUUGUUUUGAGUAAGCAAUCUAGCUACCGACUAGUUACAGAGAUUACGUAUUGUCUUCAAAAGUAGCAAGGUUAUUAUCAAGAUAGAAUCACUGGAUUAUUUUAUAAACUGAUUGAUACAGGGCGUUCAUUAACAACUCGGAGAGGCCCGUGCACAGAUCUUGGCCGGGCAGAUGACAAGUUCGUCAGCGCUGAAAUAGCAAGUAGCCAACAGCACUCAAUCUCAUCUCACGAGGACGUACAAUAAUACCUAUUUGCGCAAUUAGUUUUCUUUGCAAUUUUGUUUGUGAUUUAGAUUCUUUGUACGUACUUAUAGUACACUUGCUAGGGAUUCAGGCCCAUGUUUCCGAAACUAUAGCUUUCAAGCUACUGUUCUCUCUAGCAAGCUAGAAGUGUAGCGGCUAGCGCUUAGCUAGCUUGGUGUAAAACUGUUGGGAGUGGUAGCUAGCUGGCUAGUGUAAGAUUGCGCUGUCAACCAAGACGAUCGAGUAUCCACACGUGAAGUGUGUACAUUGGCUGGCUAUUAGCACGUAACAUUGGCAAAAGUUGAAUUCAAAUUAACUACUUCGCUACCCAUUAGCCACGGUCAAAUUGGUGCAAGCGUUGUGUACCUUAAUAGCGCCAAGGGGAACGGUGCAUUAGUUGCCGACUGACCGCACAAGUCCUCAGUUGGGACGAGUGUCUGUCACUUAAGAUUUUUUAUUUAUAAGUUAAGUUAGUUGGCACUGGUAAAAUAAUAAGGCGUAAACUAAUUUGGCAAUCCGGGUUUACCCCAUGGGCUAAAGAUUAACUGCUCAUCGUUUCUCAAGAUUGCCCCAGUGAAAUAGUUUGAUGGACGUGGAGAGCUAUUUUGUAGACGGCCACUGUUACUAUACAGUUAUGCUUCUCUUGCUUGACGGAAUUCUGGCCUGUACAUAGUGUCAGAUGUCAUAUAUGGGCGUAAUGUAGCUUGAUAGUUAGUUAGCAAAGGAAUGUGUACAUUUUUUACCUGUGUUUUGUAGAGGGGUUGCCCCGUUGAAUCAUAUGAUUUAUCACCCUGGAUGUGCAUUGGGAAAAUGAUACGCAAUGUUUGUUAGUUAGUGUCUAACAUAAACUAGGAAAAGGUUGAGCCAGCAUAAAGGCCCAUAUUAAGUUGCUGAAAUUGAAAACUCAGUCUGCCAUUCUGGAUCAAGAAACCAUUUCUUUCGUCUCUGGUUGGAGUAAUACUCUCAAGCCAUCAUCAAUGCCUUCAGCGCUGGCCGUCUUCACCUGCCGCCCAAAUUCACACCCAUUUCAGGAACGCCAUGUCUACCUGGACGAGCCAGUCAAGAUCGGGCGCUCUGUUGCUCGCUGCCGCCCUGCCCAGAACAACGCAACGUUCGACUGCAAGGUGCUGUCGAGAAACCAUGCUCUGGUCUGGUUUGACCACAAGACGGGGAAGUUCUUCCUCCAGGACACUAAGAGCAGCAACGGCACCUUCAUCAACAGCCAGCGGCUGAGCCGUGGCUCGGAGGAGAGCCCGCCCUGCGAGGUCCUCUCCGGAGACAUCAUCCAGUUUGGGGUGGACGUCACCGAGAACACACGCAAAGUCACCCAUGGCUGCAUAGUCUCGACGAUCAAGCUCUUUCUACCCGAUGGCAUGGAGGCUCGGAGACGCACAGAUGUCAUUCAAGCACCGCUACCACUACCCGUUGACAAGGUUGCUGCAAACACGCCCAGCAUGUACUCUCAGGAACUGUUCCAGCUCUCGCAGUAUCUGCAGGAGGCCUUACACAGGGAGCAGAUGCUGGAGCAGAAGCUUGCCACUCUGCAGCGCCUGCUGGCCUCCACACAGGAGGCCUCAGAGAGCAGCUGGCAGGCUUUAAUAGAUGAGGACAGGCUUCUGUCCAGACUAGAGGUGAUGGGGAGCCAACUGCAGGCCUACAACAAAAACCAAACGGAAGACGGCAUCCGCAAGGAGCUGGUGGCCUUACAGGAUGACAAGCACAGCUACGAGACCACGGCCAAAGAGUCCCUGAGGCGGGUCCUUCAGGAGAAGAUCGAGGUGGUCAGGAAGCUCUCCGAGGUGGAGAGGAGCCUCAGUAACACGGAGGACGAGUGCACCCACCUGAAGGAGGUGAACGAGAGGAACCAGGAGGAGCUGAGGGAGCUGGCCAACAAGUACAACGGAGCCGUCAACGAGAUCAAGGACCUCACUGACAAGAUCAAGCUGGCCGAGGCCCGUCAGGAGGAGCUGACCCAGAAGGGGCAGCAGGAGAAGCAGGAGCUGCAGCUGAGGAUGGAGGAGAUGGAGGACAAGGAGCAGGCCCUGCAGGCUCGCAUCGAGGCCCUGCAGGCCGACAACGACUUCACCAACGAGCGCCUCACCGCUCUGCAAGUGCGCUUAGAACAGCUGCAGGAGAAAAGCAUUAAGGAUAACAACAGUUUAGACCACUAUCUAUUAAAGAGUGGAGGGGACUGCACUAUUAUCCAACAUUACAUUGAGUGCCAGCCCGUGAUGCAGCUGAAGGAUGCCGUGGGCUCGUCGCUACACAAGCUGGCCAACUUUGACGAUGUCAUCGAUGCUCACCUCCAGAACAACCAGACAGCAGAUGAGGACAGCUUGGCCAGUCCAGACCGACUCAAAGAAAACACCAGAGAUGCUAAAGAGUCGGACAUGUCAGACACACUGAGCCCCAGCAAGGACCGCAGCAGUGACGACACCUCAGACGGGAACAUGGACGAGCCGGAGCUGAACGAGCCUCAGAACAGGGUGGCGCUGCUCAAAGGUACGUCCCUGCUGCCCACAUCCUCCUGGUGCUCUGGGACUACUCCUGGUGCUCUGGGGCUCCUCCUGGGGCUCUGGGGCUCCUCCUGGGGC